AUGGCUAAGAAGAGGAAGGUCUCACGCGCCUCAGGGCCGUCUGGACCUAAAGAUGUCGACCCCGCCGAGGCACGCCUUGCCAUCCGCACAUAUGAAGACAUCGCCGAUGACCAGGAGCAGUACUUCCUCGACAAAGACAAGAUCAUGCUCGAGGAUGAACCAAGAUCCAAGCGCUUGAGGACAGACGAUCGAUUAGACGAGUUCCUGGAGCCAUCCGACGAGGAGGUCCUGGACGACGGCCAGAGCGAAUCCGAAUCCGACGUGGAAGCCGAAUACAAAGAACUGCAAAAGGCCGUCAAGAAGCAGACUAAAAAGAACAAGAAGAAGGGCGAUGAUGAGGAGCAGUCGGGCGACGAGGAGGGCGACGAUGGCUGGUGGGGCGAUUCCAAGAAGGAGUACUACGAUGCUGAUGCCAUCGAGACCGAGGCGGACGCCCUCGCAGAGGAGAAAGAAGCGAAGCGACUGCAAAAGAAGAAAUUGGCGGAAAUGGACGAGGCUGACUUCAUCUUCGACGAGAACGAAUGGGCGGCGCCAGCCGAAGAGACCGAAGAGGGCGCUGACGUAGUCACGGAGGAGCUGAAAGACAUCGAGGUCACGGACGACAUGGACACGAACGAGAGGUACCGAAUCCUGCAAGCGAGGUAUCCCGAGUUCGUGCCACUCGUCGAAGAGUUCGAGAAACUUCAACCACAGCUCGCCCAAUUACAACGGGAGGCCGAGGGAAAGCCUGCCCAGUCGCUGGAGGUGGUAAAGCACUGGAUACUAGGCUGCUACGUAGCCUCUCUCGCCAGCUAUUUUGCUAUUCUGACGUCCCCGGCGCGAGAUGCAGGUGCACCAACAGUUUCGCUCAGUCCAGCGGAGCUCCGAGACCACGAAGUCAUGGAAACACUGGUGAGCUGCCGGGAGGCAUGGCAGAAGAUCCGAGACCUCAAGGCGGCCAAGUCCGCAAGCGAAGAGCCAGAUAUAAUUUCGGCCGAGGAGGAUAUCUCGAUGGGUGAAGACGACAUCAGACCUAUCAAGAAAUCCAAGCUGGCCCUGAAGGCCGAAGCCGACCGCAAAAAGAAGAAGAAGAAGGCAGAGAAGGAGAGACUUGCCAAGGCCAAGGAGGUCGAGGAGUCUCUUGCCGAUCUUUCUACCCUCCUCACCAAGCCCAAGAAGGCGAAGAAGGUCAAGACUGUCACACAAACACAAGAAGACGACCACUCCGACUUUGGCGAAGAGGAGGCCCUGGACGCACGAACUGCUGCUGACAAGGCUGCCAAGAAGAAGAGUCUGCGCUUCUACACCUCGCAGAUCGUGCAAAAGGCCAGCCGCCGCGCUGACGCAGGUCGCGAUGCUGGUGGUGACGCAGAUCUCCCCUACCGCGAGCGUCUCAAGGACCGCACAGCCCGACUCAAUGCGGAGGCCGAGAGGAGAGGCAAGAAGGACUCCAAGAACGGCACAGAGCUGGGCGGUGAUGACAGCAGUGGAGACGAAGCCGUGGCCAAACAGGUGCGAGGCGAAGAGGACGACUACUACGACAUGAUAGCGCACCGGACCAAGUCCAAGAAGGACGAUAAGGCUGCGCGCAAGGAGGCACUCGCAGCGGCCAGCGUUAGGGAUCGGGUGGUGGAAGUGGAGACGGUCGGGCCCGACGGAAAGAGAAAGAUCAACUAUCAGAUAGAGAAGAACAAGGGCCUGGCACCCAAGAGGAAGAAGGAGGUGCGCAACUCGAGAGUCAAGAAGAGGAAGAAGUACGAGGACAGGCAGAAGAAGCUCAAGAGCAUGAAGGCCACGUACCAAGGAGGAGAGGGCAAGGGCGGAUACCAGGGAGAGACGACGGGUAUCAAGACGGGCCUGAUCAAGAGUGUCAAGCUGUAG